AAGAAAGUUUCUAUUUGAACCAGAGCGGCGCCCCUGUUGGCUCACGGAGAUUGUACUUUUCGCUGUUAUUUUUGACAUUUUUAGUAGAUAUUUUUGAACGAAACAGAUUCGAGUCUCUAGUAAACCAUUCCAAAUAUUGUCAUUGUCACCAGCGUCCAGCAGGAAGUGCCUGUUGAGAUAGGCUGCAGUAACGGAGCAUCUGAGAAGACGCCUGGGAAAAAAAUGUGUCAAGAUAUCUGAGCGUCUGUCAAAAGUAAUUGUAAUUUCAAAGAGAACGGGAAAGUGACUAGCAUGGCCAAUGAGACAACAGUGCAAACCUCAAUUUUUCAGGAAAACCCAGACAUUAAUGAAUGUCGUGAAAAUAUUCCACCCGGAGUCGCUGCUGCAGCUGAGACUUCAAAGCUCCAGGACCAAGUAGAUGUGAUUGGAUAUUCCCCUCAACGUCCAAGUGGAGAAAAUGAGCCUCUUUCUGUGACUUGCACCUCUUCAACCCCAGCUCCAGCAAGCAGCAGCAGUGGUGGAGCCAAGACAAAGUCGCGGAUAUCUGGUCUUCAGUCUGCUCUAACGCCAAUUUUAAAAUAUUUAAACAUUGGAAAUAAACGUCAGUCUCCAGAGCCUUUAAAAUGUGGGAACAAUCCCAGUGUUCCCCCUUUUUCCUUUGGUGUUACCACAGCUAAUUGUCAAAAAUCACCAGGAGGUUCUAGCGAACAUCCCAACUCAGAUUUCUCUUGUAACCAUUCUGGGCAGUCAUUAGGCAAUAAGGAUGCUCCAGUGCGCUGGCUGGAUGAUGAAUAUUUGCCAGAAAUUACUCUCCUCGAUGUUACAUGUGAUUCCACAAUGCAAAUGACUAGAAAUGAUUCAGCUCUUCCUGACAUCAUGCCUAGGUCUUUGAAUGGCACAUGUUCCACUGUCCAGCCCUCUAAGUUAAGUUCCUCUGUCAAUAUAGUCAAUUCUCUCCAAUCCAAUGUUAGCAGUCCUAAAGCAGAAAGCCGGGCUGACGAUCCAGUUCGUGCUGACUUUAAGAGCACCACCAAAACUUCCCUUGUUAUGAAACAGAACCAUCCAUGUGAUGUGCAAGACGUUACUUUUGAUAACGAUUCUGUUCAAAGAUCCAGUGGUAAUACCAUCCUAGGGGAUGCCAGUGCUCUAGCUUUUCAUCACCAAAACAACACUUUAGAUAGUAAAUCUUCUUGUAAACAGAAUGGUACAUUAACUUUGUCAGAAUCCAGUGACAGCCACCAGAAUACUAUGGACAAGCCCUCUCCUCCUAAAGUCUGUAUUGCACUUACAAGCACUGAAGCAAACAAUUCUGCCAUCCACCUUCCUAAACUGUCAAAACAUAAUGGGAGAACAGCUGGUACAGACCCAAGUGCCAAAAUGGUUGAAACCCCUGAGCGCAUAGGUGGGCCUAUGCGCUGGCUGGAUGACAGAUAUUUCCCAGAAAUUACUCUCCUUGAUGUUACACGUGAUUCAGAGCUUUCACCAGAAACAGAAAUAUCCGCUAUGGAGGUCACACAGGAUAUUCCACCGGUGGAUAGUGUGGAACACAGCAGGCCUUUGUCAAAGCUCAGUGGACUAAUUGUGGCAGAGCCUGACGGACGGGACAUGUUACAAAGUGAAGAACUGUCAACUACGCUUACCGGCAGUGUCACCCACUCGCCAAGCUCAUUUAGUGAACAAUCAAAGUCUGCGGGGGGAAACCUGAAAACCUCUUUGGAAGCAACUCUGGAUGAUUCUGUGGGUGGUGAUUUGAGAAACAAUAUAUCGUCAUCGGAGCUCAGUGGACAAAACAUCAUGAAGAGUCAAAUCUCAGCUGAGUACACACUUGGUAUCCAUCCUACUAAUGUUACUCAUGACAUAAGUUCUUCUAGCGACGUGUCUGUUCAGUGUGUGUCACAGCUCUCUACCUCUGAUGUGCAGUCUAACACCAGCUUGAAAAAUGUCACCUCUGAGCUUCAUGUCAAACCUGUGGAAACCAACAUAGAAGAGCUGCUUACUAGCCAUGAUGCUGAGUUGAAAGGCGAGGCCCAACAAACGAGCCCAAAAAGAGCUGCAUCUAUAAACAACACAUUUAAUGUCGCCCAGGCUGCCAAUCUGAGCUCCUCCACGAGUUUAAAUUCUACAAAUCAAAUAUCCUGCCCCCAGAACAUGACUCUGGAUCUUCCUCCGACAGAAGUAAACAGUCCCAAAGCUGAAAGUGUGGCCACGGAUCCGGUUAGUGCUGACUUUAAGGACACUACUGACACCUGCCUUGUUAUGGAUCAUACUAAUUCAGCAGUUAAGGCAAGUGGUCCAUGUGAGGUGCAGAACGCCACUUUUGAUAGGCAUUCUCUUCAAAAAUCUGGUGGCAGCACUACUUUAGGGGAAGCUGGUGCUACAACCUUUUGCCUCCAGAACAACACCUUUGAUAGUAAACCUGUGGGUAAACAGAAUGGCACAAUAACGUUGUCAGAAACCAGCUCAAGCGACAGUCACCAGAAUUCUUUGGACAAGCCCUCUCCUUCAAAUGUCUGUAAUCCAACUGACAUCCAUGAAGUCAACACUUCUGAAGUCCUCCUUUCUGAAGAAUCUAAACAAAAUGGGACAACAACUAGAACAGACCCAGAUGCCGAGAUGACUGACAGUGCUGAGAACACGUUUGAAGCCAACCCAGCUGUCGAGGCAGCUCCUGGAGCUGGUAGACGUGAGACUAAGGAUCAUUCACAAUCUGUGACCGACGAUGCUAUGGACCAUCAAGGCAUGGAUACAGAGAACAACAACGCUAACACAUUCAAUCUGGAUGACACCUUAGAUUUAAAGGUAGACUCACUGGUUACUUCAACACCGAUGACUCACUGUAAAGUGUUCCAGUUCAGCACUGAACAUCACAAGGGCAAAACCCUGGGGGCGCAGAAAAAACUAUAUGGGGAUGGGCCCAGCAGGCCAGUCGGUCAGGUGUCAUCAGACGUUCCUUCAAACAUCGUUCGGGACCGGAAAACGUUCCUGGCGCAACCCGCAGCUAAAUCCCUCUUGCCUCCUCUUAAAACUGCGUCACAGCUGAUGAAAUACAAGCCAACCUCCACCCUUCCGGGAAGGUGUGAGCCGUCCACAUCAGGCCUGCCCAUGACAAGACAGAGAACCCAGGCUGAAGCUUUGAAAAGUGCCGCACCUUCUGAUGCAGCCCAGGGGACCACGGGAAUAUCAAGCUCCUACAACUUGCGUGCUACAACCACAGGAUCCAAACAUCCCAAUUCUGGGUUGCUAAGACCACUGUUGAGCGGCAUACCCUCGGGCAUACAGAGGACUGCAACAAGUCUCAGGCCACCAUCAGCAAGAAGCAAUGCACCAGCUUCAAGUUCUGACAAACUCCGUGGGCCUACAGCGACUAACCCUGUGACAAAGACUUUACAACUAAAGAAGCACCCCUUAACCAGAGGUGAACCUUUGCCAACAGCAAAGAGGAAGAAAUUGGACACUCCCUUACCAUCCAGCAGUGCUGAUGCCUCAACAUCUUCCUGUGAUGCUGUAAACAGAGCCAAACAUUUGAAACAGCCUGCAACCGUUCAGAGAGCUUUGCCUGCUAAAGCCCAAAGAGAUGAUGCUACAGUGCCAGCCAGUACUGCUGAAACCUCAACAUCUUGCAAUGCUGCCAGCAGAGCCAGAGUUCUGAAACCACCUGCAAAUGGCCACAGAGCUCAGCCAGCUAAACCACAAAGCCAUGGAUGUGCCAAAUGUGUUGCACUUGAAGAGCAACUCAAAGUAAAAUCGGAAGAGAUUAGGAGACUGAAAGAAGAGCUGCUAAAGUACAGUAAACAAUGAGAAGAAUUCUGAAUGCUCCAAGACAAUCCGAAUGUGAAAUUUUUAAUGGCACAUUUAUUGUUAUUUGAAAAUGUUAAAGAUACAGUUUCACUGUUAAUAUAAUUUUAUUCAAUAAAUAGAUUUUUAAUAAUAUCAAAAAAUACUAACACGUUGAACUGCUUAACUUUACUGUAUGUUAUGAAGGUCUUCGGUGUAGAACGGUAACGUUGGUUGACCAGUCAUUACAUGAUUGAAAUCUGCUCAUAUAUAUUCACAUUUAAUUUAACUGACAUGGAUACCGAUUGUAAUUGAACCAUGCUUACCUUUGUUUUAAUGCUCUUUAAUUAUUUGUCAACAAACCUUUGUUGUGUGUGUGAAAGAGCAUAAAAAGACCUUGUUUUCAAUGAGAUGCAUUGCAUUUUCCACUUCACAACAGUAAAUUUUGAAAUGAACUGAUGGACAAUGCUGAAAUGAAGAUACUGUACCUGCAAGUAUGUAUAUGUAGUAUGUAUCUUUCACACUUUUGUGUUUACACCCUCUAAUAUGGACUUUAACAAUGUUUUUAAAAAAAUAAAUCCUGACAAGAGGUAAAGCUAACUCUGAGAAGAUUUAUGUGGUCUUUAACGUAUAUAUUUAUGUAUGUGAAUGUCAUAUUUGAAAUAAACAUGCAGUGAAACAGA